AGCGGCCGCGGCGGCAGCGGCAAGAGCAGCGGCAGCAGCAGCGGCGGGCAGCGCGGCGGCGACCGAGGAGGGGGCGGCGGGGCUUCCCCGGGCGGCCCGCAGCGAUGAUGCGCGGCGAACCCGCGUCGGCCGCCGCGCCGUCGCACGAGGGAGCCCCCCGCGAGCCGGAGGAGCCCGAGGAGCCGGUCCAGCUGUUCCGGCCCUUCACGCGCGAGUCCCUUGCCGCCCAAGAGGCGCGCAUCGCCGAGGACGCCGCACGCAAGGCGCUCAUCGCCCAGCGCAUCGAAGAGGGCAUCCCGGCCGGCGACGACUACGUCCACCAUUCGCGAGACCACAAGGACGCCGAUCCGGACUUGGAGGCCGGCGGACCGCUGCCCAAGCGCAUCAUCAACGACUUCCCGCCCGAGCUCAUCGCCACGCCCAUCGAAGACAUCGACAAGUUCUACGAGAACAAGAGGACGUUCGUGGUCGUGAGCAAGAGCAAGGACAUAUUUCGGUUCAGUUCGACGAAUGCGCUGUUUCUGCUAAGCCCCUUCAACCCGGUCAGGAGACUGGCCAUCUGCAUCCUAGUGCACCCACUUUUCAGCUUCUUUGUCAUCGUAACCAUUCUCGUCAACUGCGUCCUCAUGACCAUGCCCAGCAACGACAAAAUUGAACAAACAGAGACGAUAUUCACCACAAUCUACACGUUUGAAUCAUGUAUCAAAAUGGUGGCUCGAGGAUUUAUUCUAGAACAAUUUACAUAUCUUCGAGAUCCAUGGAAUUGGUUGGAUUUUGUUGUUAUAUCUUUAGCGUAUGUUACAAUGUUUAUUAAUUUGGGGAACCUGAGCGCCUUGCGAACUUUUCGUGUUCUUAGAGCCUUGAAAACCGUAGCCAUAGUUCCUGGUCUCAAGACGAUCGUUGGAGCAGUGAUCGAGUCUGUGAAGAACCUAAGGGAUGUGAUCAUUUUGACAAUGUUCUCACUGUCGGUUUUUGCCUUACUGGGAUUGCAAAUAUACAUGGGGGUAUUGACGCAAAAAUGCGUACUCAUACCUCCAGCCAAUCUCUCACAUGCUGAGUACACAAGCUUCAUCGAGAACCAAACUAACUGGGCUACUGAUGAUGAUGGGAUGUAUCCGCUGUGUGGCAAUUCGAGUGGUGCAAAGCAAUGUCAAGAGGGCUACAUGUGUCUGCAGGGUAUAGGAGAUAAUCCAGACUAUGGCUACACCAAUUUCGAUACUUUUGGUUGGUCUUUUCUUUCGGCGUUCAGGCUAAUGACACAAGAUGCUUGGGAAUUAUUAUAUCAAAUGGUGCUAAGAGCGGCGGGGCCCUGGCACAUGUGUUUUUUUGUGGUGAUAAUAUUCCUGGGCUCCUUCUAUCUAGUGAAUCUGAUCUUGGCUAUCGUAGCCAUGUCAUACGACGAAUUACAAAAGAAGGCCGAAGAGGAGGCGGAGGAGGACCGCCUUCUCGAAGAAGCCAUGCGGGCCGAAGAAGAGGCUCGCGCCGAGGCGGCGGCCGGCGGUGGCCGUCCGCACGACACCGGCGACAACGGCAACGGCGGCGGUCAGGUGGUCAAGAGCCCCUCGGAGUUCUCGUGCCGUUCGUACGAGCUCUUCGUGGGUCAGGACCGGGGCGCUGAGGAUCCCAGGGACCUCCGGGAGCGGGCGAGCCUAAGGAGCGCAGACGCGGCGGCCGAGCAGCUAGACGACCUCUGCUACCCGGAGUCGCGGCCGCGCUCCGCCGCCAACUCUAAGGAAAUGACUCUGGAUGGGGAGGAAUGUUUGGCUGUGAAGAAGCAACCGGACAACCCUUUUAUUGAACCGUCGCAGAGGCAAGGCCUCGUAGAUAUGAAAGACGUGAUGGUGCUUAACGACAUCAUCGAGCAGGCCGCGGGGCGCCAGAGUAAAGCCAGUGAGAGAGAAAGGGAGGAGCAGGAGAGGCCCAAGUUCAAAGACAAGUGCAUGGCCAAUUGCUUGAAGUGUAUAGACAUGUUCUGCGUGUGGGACUGCUGUUGGUACUGGAUCCGGAUCCAGGAGAUACUAGGACUCAUCGUGUUUGACCCGUUCAUGGAGCUCUUCAUCACUCUAUGCAUCGUGGUCAACACGCUAUUCAUGGCCAUGGACCAUCACGCCAUGGACCCAGACUUUGAUAAUGUCCUCAAGAAGGGGAAUUACUUCUUUACCGCGACAUUCGCGAUAGAAGCCGGAAUGAAGCUUAUGGCCAUGAGUCCAAAAAACUACUUCCGCGAAGGCUGGAAUAUCUUCGAUUUCCUCAUCGUCGCGCUCUCCUUAAUCGAACUAAGUUUGGAAAACGUCCAAGGAUUGUCUGUGCUACGUUCGUUUCGUCUGCUACGUGUGUUCAAGCUAGCCAAAUCGUGGCCUACCCUUAACCUGCUCAUCUCUAUCAUGGGGAAAACCAUCGGUGCCCUCGGGAACUUGACCUUUGUCCUGGGAAUCAUCAUCUUCAUCUUCGCCGUGAUGGGAAUGCAACUCUUUGGCAAGAACUAUGAAGAAAGUAAACACAAGUUCAAAGAUAACAUGGUUCCUCGGUGGAACUUUGUUGACUUCAUGCAUUCGUUCAUGAUUGUGUUUCGAGUGUUGUGCGGCGAGUGGAUCCAGUCCAUGUGGGACUGCAUGUGGGUCUCUGGCUGGCCCUGCAUCCCCUUCUUUCUCGCUACGGUAGUCAUCGGGAACCUUGUGGUGCUCAACCUUUUCCUCGCCUUGCUGCUGUCCUCGUUCGGGGCGUCCAAUCUGUCCCAAGCGAAUCCCGACAGCGGCGACACUAAGAAACUACAAGAAGCCAUCGACCGGUUUCACCGGGCCAGUCGGUGGAUCAAGUCCAACUCUAUGAAACUUUUCAAGAGCUUCCGUCGGAAACCACGCAACCAGAUCGGGGACCAGACAACAGACAUUCGUGGUGGCGGCGCAGGCGAAGAGUUGGAGGCUGACCCGGGCGUCGCAAGGGAAGUGGUUCUCCUCGACGGUCGGGUGCCAAUGCGAGACAGAAAGCCCCAACACAACAACGACCUCGAGGUUGUCGUUGGGGACGGCCUCGAUAUCGCCAUUCAGGGUGAUGGCAAGGCCGUUAAAAUGUUGAAAAACAACUCAAAGCCUGUGAUGAAUUCUGUUUGGGUGGGACCUAUGAUCGAGCCUAAGAACAAGCAGCUAGAGAAAGACAACAAGGAAAAGGAGAAAGAGGCGCAGGGCAAUAAGGUGUACCCGCAAAAGGACGAGGAUACCCUCAGCGAAAAGUCAGCGUCCAGCCCCAAGGAGAAGGUCCUCCUUGGGAACAAGCCGUCCAAAGAUCUUAGCAACAGUUCCCUGUAUCUGGGGAACAACCUUGAGGAGGAGAAGAAGGACGCCAGCAAAGAGGACCUCGGCACUAAGGAAGAAGAGGCCCCCGCCGAAGAGCCCAUCAACCCGGACACGGAAGAUGUGGACACGGACAAGCUGGAGACGGCCACCUCGGACAUCAUCAUCCCCGAGUUGCCGGCCGACUGCUGCCCCGACUGCUGUUACACGCGAUUCGCUUUCGCCUGCUUUUACGACGAGAACAAGAUUUUCUGGCAGCGCUACAAGAUCGUGCGCACCAAGGUGUUCGGGCUCGUGGAGCACAAGUACUUCGAGACCAUCGUCGUCGUUCUCAUCCUCACCAGCAGCUUGGCGCUGGCGCUCGAAGACGUCAACUUGAAAGACCGGCCUACGCUCAAGGCUGUGCUCACAUACAUGGACAAAACCUUUACAGUGAUCUUUUUCUUCGAAAUGAUCCUCAAGUGGCUUGCCUUCGGAUUCAAGAAAUAUUUCACGAAUGCCUGGUGCUGGCUCGAUUUUGUCAUCGUGCUCGUGUCAGUGGUCAAUCUAAUCGCGUCAGCGCUGGGGGCGGGCCGCAUCCAAGCCUUCAAGACGAUGCGGACGCUCAGAGCCCUGCGACCACUCCGGGCUCUGUCCCGGUUCCAGGGCAUGAGGGUUGUUGUCAACGCCCUGGUGCAAGCCAUCCCAGCCAUCUUCAACGUGCUGCUGGUGUGUCUCAUCUUUUGGCUCAUCUUCUCCAUCAUGGGCGUCCAGAUGCUUGCGGGAAAGUUCUACCGCUGCGUCGACGGAAACGGCACACGCUUGAACAGCUCAUACGUCCCAAACCGCAAGACGUGUGAAGCCAACAACUUCACCUGGGACAACCCCAUGAUCAACUUCGACAACGUCCUCAACGCAUAUUUGGCCCUUUUUCAAGUGGCAACAUUCAAAGGCUGGACGGACAUCAUGGACAACGCGAUCGACUCCAGGGGCGGAAAAGAGGACCAACCGGAAUACGAGGCUAACAUCUACAUGUACCUAUAUUUCGUAUUCUUCAUUAUCUUCGGCUCCUUCUUCACCUUGAAUCUAUUCAUCGGUGUAAUUAUUGACAAUUUCAAUGAACAAAAGAAGAAGGCUGGAGGAUCGCUAGAAAUGUUCAUGACAGAAGACCAAAAGAAAUACUAUAACGCCAUGAAGAAAAUGGGAUCCAAAAAGCCUGCCAAGGCCAUUCCAAGACCCAGGUUCAAACUUCAAGCAAUGGUCUUCGACCUGACCACAAACAAAAUGUUCGACAUGGCGAUCAUGAUAUUCAUUGUCCUCAACAUGACGGUCAUGGCACUCGACCACUAUAAGCAGUCCAGGCUGUUCGAGUCCAUCCUAGAACGACUCAACAUCUUCUUCAUCGCUGUCUUCACAGCCGAAUGCCUGCUCAAAAUAUUCGCCCUGCGCUGGCACUACUUUCGAGAGCCAUGGAACAUGUUCGACUUCGUAGUCGUCAUCCUCUCUAUUCUAGGUACGGUGCUCAAGGACCUGAUCGCGGCCUACUUCGUGUCGCCCACGCUUCUCCGUGUGGUGCGUGUCGUGAAAGUGGGCCGUGUGCUUCGGCUGGUCAAGGGCGCGCGGGGCAUCCGGACCCUGCUGUUCGCCCUGGCCAUGUCGCUGCCGGCGCUGUUCAACAUCUGCCUGCUCCUGUUCCUUGUGAUGUUCAUCUACGCAAUCUUCGGCAUGUCCUUCUUCAUGCACGUCAAGCACCGCUACGGCGUCGACGAGAACUUCAACUUCGAGACGUUCGGCCAGUCGAUGAUCCUGCUAUUUCAAAUGUGCACGUCCGCCGGCUGGGACGGUGUGUUGGCCGCUAUCAUGGACGAGCACGACUGCAACCGGCCCACCGACGAAUCCGAGGGCAACUGCGGCAAGCGGGGCAUCGCGGUCGCCUACCUCGUCUCUUACCUCAUCAUCAGCUUCCUCGUCAUCAUAAACAUGUAUAUCGCCGUCAUCCUCGAGAACUACAGCCAGGCCACCGAGGACGUGCAGGAGGGCCUGACCGACGACGACUACGACAUGUACUACGAGAUCUGGCAGCAGUUCGACCCGAAGGGCACCCAGUACGUGGCCUACUCCAACCUGACCAACUUCGUGAACGCGCUGGAGGAGCCCCUGCAGAUCCCAAAGCCCAACAAGUACAAGCUGAUCGCCCUGGACAUACCCAUCUGCAAGGACGACAUGGUGUACUGCGUCGACAUCCUGGACGCCCUGACUCGGGACUUCUUCGCCCGCAAGGGCCACGCCAUCGAGGAGCCGCCCGAGAUCACCGAGACCGUGAUACACCUAGACCGGCCGGGCUACGAGCCGGUCAGCUCGACGCUAUGGCGCCAGCGCGAGGAGUACUGCGCCCGCGUCAUCCAGCGGGCCUGGCGCCGAUACAAGGGCGGCGGUGGUGUCGGCGGGGACGACGGCGCCUCCGACGGGGGGGACCCUCCGACGGCGGCCACCGCCCAGCAGCAGACGGCCAUCGUGGUGGACAGCGACGGCCACGUGACACGUAACGGACACCGUGUGGUGCUGCACUCGCGUUCGCCCAGCGUCGCCAGCCGCUCGACGGACGUGUGACAAGAGUAGAAGCCUGCCCGUCCGCACUCCGCGGGCGAGCAGGAGCCCCUCAACCCGCCGCUCUUCUCUCUCUAGCGUUGUUUAACUCAAGGGACUCAAGUUUACAAUUAACUCCAAUUGCUACAUACCCUCGACGCAGCAGCACCCCCCCCUUCGCUCCCUUUCUCUCUUCCUUCGGCGCACUUUACUGCAACAGGUCGCGUUGUGAGUGAGUGUGUCCCCACUGCAUCCGGCCAACGUCGAAGAGAAAAAGCACCGUAGCUUUGGAACUGCCACUUCUGCAAUGCAGAAAAAAAAUGCUUGCUGCGAUUUUGAAUUUUAAGACGAAGAUGAAGAAGAGGAAUAUAUAUAUAAAUAUAUAUAAAUAUAAAUAAUAUAUAUUAUACAUAUAUGUGUGGUGUAAAGAAAAAAAAAGAAACGCUAGUUGCACCUGGAGGUGACCGGUGACCCUCUUUAUAGCGAGCAAAAAAACGCUGCACUCGCCAACAAUGUAUGCACACACGGACCACGACGUGGGGCUGCUCUUGCAGCCAACCCGCGCCGGGACUCAGCCUCUCGCCGAGAGGAGGACUGCUGCUGCUGACGCCGCUGCCGCCGCCGCUGCUGCCACCGCCGCGAUUUUUCUCUCUUCCAAGAAAAAUGAAAGAUUGAAACGCCGCCGCACGACGUUGCACACCUGAUGAUGAUGCGGCCUCCUUACCGCCGCCGUCACCGGCCCUUUCGGGACUGCCUACCAGCGUGCGAGUGCGCCUCGUGCAACUCACCGCCAGAUGGGGCCGCCUGGUGUGGGCCGGAUCGUCGCCGGCUGCGGCAAAGCCUGCUUGGACCUUACGCGCACGCUCCGAAAAAAAAAAUCGGGGGAGGCCUCCCGUCGCGGGAAAUGCUCCUCUCCGGGUUUAAGGGAAACGCAUACAAUGCUCAGCACAACAAAGUUUGCUUUUUGCCGUUAACACUCUACAUAACACAUAGUCUACUUAAUACAAGCUGAUACUUUGGCCGAGAGAGGAAGUUUAAAAAAAAUAGAGAGAGAGCAAGGAGACCCGCCGCGAGCUCCCGCCGACGUCCGGGCCCACAGGCGCCGCUAGCGUGCGCUCAAGAAAAAAAAAAGGCAUGUGUACAUAAGGUGUAUAUCUGCGAGAAAGGCUUGCUCCAGAAGCCGUUCACAAACAGAUUUUAUUUCCUAUGUGCCUUUAUGGGUUAAUACCUGCUUUUCAUUGACUGCAUCAGCUUUCAACCAUGCAACGAGUGUCCUGGUUUUUCUCUCUCUCGUUUUUUCGUCCCGUUGCCGCGUCCUGCAAAGUUGUUAGCCAAGUGUUGUCAGAGUUUUUUCAUCGGGACGUCUAAGGUGACUCCAGGAACGUGCAUGCAACGCAAAAGCCGCCGCCGCCGCCGCCGGCCAAGCUGUCCUCUUGCGUUUAUUUACCACUCCUCUCCCCUCCCCACAUUGCACGAGUAAGCCCACACCAUGACCCUCUUUCCUGCCUCGCAGUUCCUUAAGCCUGCGCCUGCUUCGGGGACAUGGGAUGCACUCGCCCGCAGCCGCCUUUGCCUGAGGAGAGCGACAAUGAUCUAAGCUUGAGGAGCCGCGUGUUAGGUGAAAGGGGACUUCAGCAGCGUCAGUUCCUUGUUUCGGCAGCGCCAGGAACAGUCUUUCUUUUUUUUUCCGGUGAGAGAGAGGACGGACCUAGUUCCACAGAGUCCAGGAGCACACGUGCCGCAAAGCCUUGUCCAGCGACACAGAUGACCGACGCGCUGAAACCGAAUACAGACGUCUUUUUUUUUCGUUUUUUUUUUUCGUUUUUAGCGAAGGAGCCGCGCCAUGCCCGCCGUGAACGCCCGUUCACGUACACAUCCCGUCUCGACGAAGCGGAACAAAUGAGUGAAAAGAGAAUCUCUCAGCCCUCUCGAAGGAAAGGACCAAUACUCUACUUAACGUCCAUUGGCGCUAGACUUCGGUAUAGGCCGUCGCCAACUCGGCCCGGGGACAUAAAUGGUUGACCGCCCUCUCUCUCCCGCACGAGUUACCACCAUCCAACGGUUCGCCUUUCAACUGCGUGCAACGCCCUACGAGCGGUUUUCGAUUCCGCCAUCGCGAGCAGCUCUAGGCGUCGCCGUCGAUAGGUUGAUCACUAACGAUACUCUCUGUGUACCAGCGCUGCCAGCCUUCCACGCGGUUCCAGGUUCUGACUAGAAUAACUGAGGUCGCCUAUAUUACAUAGCCGCGCUGACAUAACGAAAGCUCCUUGCUCGGUCUUCGUGCAUCUCCAGGCAACAGCGUAUGUGGAGCUCGCAUGCCGGGUAUGCAAGAGGAGCUCCGUUUACGCUUCCAUAACUCCGCGCCCGUCACCCCACACGCUCGCUCGACCUCGACGAAUUGUAUGUCUUUCUCGGGCAAAGCUCAAAACACGUAGCAAAUAACUUUCCGUUUGUCUUUCGCGACAGUCGCACAUAAAGCAUGCUUCGUGUCCGCACGCAUCCCUUAACGAGAGAAAGGCACAGCAGCGCCCGCUCAGAAUGCGCUCCGAACGAGUCAGUGCCAUCCGCGAUUUUAUUUAAGUACAGCACAUCUAUGCCGGAAAAAAAAUAAAUAAAUAAAAUGUUAAACACCACGGCCGUUUACUUUUCUCUCGCUUCACUUAUCCCAGUUCUUUCUUCCCGAUCAUCCUGCAGCACCAGCGUAAUUGCAGCCUAGGGCGUGCUGCAUGUAGUGAUGACAGGUCGUGCCCACUCAACGAUGCGCACUUCAUUGCCUAUCCAGGCGUCACCUGCGGUUAUAACCGUCUACACAAUGGCAUACCAUCAGCGCCUCAGCCAAGGGCUUAAAAUUUGUUUCCGUAACUUUUGUCCUUGUCUGCUCUGGUUCUACUCAAUCCCGCUCCAAACACUACAUAUAUCUCAUCUCUGCUUCAGACUCGUUGUUAUCGCAAAGCGUUGCACCGCGAUCGAAAUUUUUCUGCCACAGCACGUGAAAAAUAAUCGGCUUUGGCACACGCUACUGUUAGCCACUGCGUUAAAACCGCCCUGUUUACUUGUCGUUAAGCUCACGGCAAAUGGCUGACAUUCGAUUUCUUUAUAUAUUCAGAGUUGUUUUUUUUUUACUCAUUAAAGCAACUUUAACCGCAUGCCCAGUCUUAAGCAGUUACGUGCGGUGCUUAACAGCCGCCAUUACGAUAGCUAAGGUAUUUCGACUGUGCUGCCAGAAAACAAACGAUGUCCGAAGGAAGUGACGAGGACAAUUCAGCGUUCGCAAAUUUGUACUGUACAGCGUAAAGCUCCUCGGCACUCCGAUUGCUAUAGUGUAUUCUCAAGAAGAUGAUGAACGUUAAAACAAAAAAAAUAUCUCUCUGUCAUUUUCAAUGCGGCCGAAUGCGGCCAGCUGUGCGACAAGCUUACACCCAUACUUAGUCGAUGUAGAAGCUCAUCAUUGCCCCGUUGCGAAGCAGUCGGCCACCGAUGUGCUGAACUGCCACAGUAUAGCUUGAAAUCUCUUGUCGAGCGGCGCCUUACAUAGGAGUAACAGGGGCAGAUUUUGACGCAGCCUUGUACAUGAGAGGCCACCGAAGCGGUUCUUACGAAUAUCAACUUGCUGCACUUGGUAGAUCGCGACUUUUUUCUCGCCUGUCGUCUCCUAGCGGUCAACAUUAAAGAGCCUGAGGGGAGUACGAACCGGAAAUAACCAGGCUGUUGUUAUUAAUAAUAUUGUUUCCAACGUGCUCUUAAAGCUUUUCGGGCAUACCUAUUACGCCCAUUGACUUGCCGAAUGUAACCGUGAACCCGCUGGAUUAACGCCUUUAAAAAAUUUUAAAGGUGUCAUUAUGCAGUUUCCUAAGCACAAAUCUCGUGAUUUCGAGGUCUCGUAGCCCGCGCGGCUCGAAAAAAAAAAAAAAAGACGCUUUCGUUUUGUAUUCAGGCAGUAUCUGUUCACAAAGACACCAAAAAAAGUAUUAAGCAAGAGUGGUGUAAUAAUCAAAGUCCUUGGCAAUGGGGCCUCCAGAAAAACAGAUGUAAACAGAGGUACGAGCGCACCGUUUGUUUCGAAUAGAACCAUUCAUGCCCAAAGCAUCCCGUCAUUCUUUUGUGUUGCGACGAAAGUGCUAACGAUAUUAAUCAAGUUUAGCGUAAACACGUCUGUGCUACACUACAAACCGUUGCACACGCCGGAAAAAGGCUGCCGUCUUACGGGGGCGUUCCUCGGUAGCGCGAGAGUUGUUGUCGUUGUUAUUUCUAACGACACGAUAGCAGCAAACGUCCGAUUGUCACGUCAAAACGGCAAUACGAAUGUCGAAGAAAUAUAUUUUAAAGGAUCCGCGUUUAUCGAGCAGCCAGGCAGGCAGAAAGAUAGGCUCUGCCAGCGCCUCCCAUAGCGUAGGCGUUGGCUCUACCCCUUCCCUCCCUCUCCCCCCACCCCCUUUCCAAAAGUUUAAACCCUGUUUCAGCCUAUUCCUUAGCCAUCCCGACCGCUGUUUCCCGAAUCUCCUUGCGAUAACUGGGGAGACUGGGAUCAAACAGCAUGCCUUGCGUUUUGUUCCACAUACUUCAUGCGGCGGGCUCGCCUCCUGCUGUGUUGUUAACGAGGCGGCAUCGCGAAGGUUGUACACUGCUUCCAUGGUUUUCAAAAUACAUAUAUAUAUAUAUAUAUAACACACUUGUGCGUUUGCAAUGACAAGUGUGCCACACGCAACCGUGCGUUUUUUGCUAUCUGCAAUUUUAUUGUAUCUGUUUCUGUUUUUUGCUCCUUGUGUACCGCGAAAGAACUCUUGCUGUGCAUCAAGUGAAAGAAUGCAAUGUAAAAAAAAAAUCAAGAAACGGUGAAAAGGAAGCGAGCGAGCGAGAGAGAGAGAGAAAAAUACAGUUGGGCUACUGCAAAACAAUGGUGGCACGUUUCUAGGUAGGCUGUUUUCACACACAUACACACACUGAGAGACAAGCGGGUUGUUGAACAUUUUCUUUCUUUCUUUUUUUCUUCGCCUCCCUUUGCCCAGCUACGAAGCGCCGUUGCUUUUCGUUCGCUGCAUCGCGGCUGUGGCUGAGUGAUGCCAUGCACAAAGGGAAAAAAAAAAACGUCCGGAAUAUGCCUUUCUUUAUUUGUUGUUGUUGUUGUCUCCUGCCUUGUUUCACCCCGAAGUCUGCACAGGCGGACUCCAAUAACCUCACCACAUAUUGUUGUUCCCUCUUAUCACGGCGCACGUCGCCGCAAGUUUUUUCGCGAAACGCGAGGGCAUAUAGUGAACUUUCGGCUCGAGCGCGCUGAUGGUUGUGUCUUUCUCACUUAUUAACCAACCUGUUACAUCCCCAUUCCCCCCCCCCCCCCCACCCCUAGCAACAACCCCGAAACAAAACUACCACGCCAUCCCCAAAGCCUGUAUUCUUCAGUUGCGUUGCCAUUCUUAACCCACCCACACUUCACCAUUCCUUCCCUGUUGGUAAGCUUUCUUUCUAUCUCGUUUUGCUGUUCCUUCAUCAAAAGAAGAAGAAAAAAAGAUAAUGAAGUGCUACAAAUUUGAUUCAUUCCGUCGCGGCGUUCAUGGCAAGGUGUGCGCCUCCGGACAGAUCACGCUUCAUACAUCUGUUCCGUUCUUUCAAGAGCAUGUAAACAUGCGAGCCACUCUUUUUUCGGCGAGGCAUAAAGCGAGAAAUGAGAUGGGAAAGAUGAAGGAAAAUGGGUUCGGACCAGCAUCGCCCACCAGACUCGAGAUAUACAAUGAGAGUGAGAAACACACGAUGGUUGUGCGCAUAACCGCGAGUGGUGGGCGAUUGUCUAUACACACGUAAGGAAAGGAAAGAGAGAGAGGGAGGGGAAAGAGUUAUUCGUGUAUGUUACGUGUACGAAUGGCAGCGACGUUUUAAUUCCGACUCCAGACACACAAAUUGUUCCGCACAAAAUGUAAGCCACUUUUUCUCACACACUCGCGAGCGCGCUGUCAACGUCUCUCUCUCUCCAUGCGUCGUCUUUUUGCCAAAAAAACGCGGACGCUUAGACGUAGUGUACAAGAAUUUCCAUGCCAUAGGAACUGAGCAGCUACGACCUAGAAAACGUCGAGGGUCUUUUUUCCGACUAACACUUAGGAUCAAACGGCGAGUGCUUGUGCUUCGGUUUUUUGUCUUCUCUCCGAAACAGAGCGAGAGCGAAGGGGAAAGAGCCCGCGAAGGCGCCGUUCCCCUCCUCUCCUCCCAUCAACCCUCUCUCCCUCCUUCGUUUAACAACCAGCGCCCCCGCAACGUUUCUUCCCGUUGAAAAGUUGGGGCGCUGGCUUAAAAAAAAAUGGGAAGCGUUCUGUUGUUUGUUUGUUUGUUUGUUUUUUGGAGCCACCGCCAUCGCCGCUAUUGAUAGUGAGAACAUCCUUUUUUUUAUUUCUUUCUUGAUCUAUGACGGAUCCGUUAUUUCGCAGCAGUUCGCAGUUUUGUGCGCAGCUUUAUGGUUUCCAUGUUGUUGUUGGCCGUCUCGGCUUAUAUAGAGAGAAAAGCGAUACUGUUACACGGUAUACGAAGGGUUUAGAAUUCUACUGUAUGCAGAGCUCCGAAGAGAAGUUAUUAUUACUAGGCACGUUAACUGCCGUUACAGUGCGCCUCUGUAUUGAAAGCAGCGUGACAGGAGGUGUGAAUAUAGUUCCUUGUUUGCUUGCCAAUUUUGAGAGGAGGCUUACGAUAUUUGCAGCUGGCCUUAACUGCGAGUGCUAUUCGGUCUACCUGUGCCAGGGCGCUCUUUGGGAAAGGUUGAGAGAUGAUUUUGGGCUACAUUACUCUCCACGGUGCACAAGUGCCCGCUCAGACGUGAACCGUUUCAACGAAGACGCGGAUACGCCGCGAGCCCGACAAGCGUUCGCUAUGACAAACCUUGUUUCAAAUGGUGCUGUUAAGUACGGUGAUGCACAUGGGCACGCGCGUCAGAAUGUUGAAUAAGUGAUAGCUGCUCACAGUCCUGUUAAUUUGUUUCUUUCGCCGCGUAGUGAAAUGUUCCAAGUUACUUUUUACCUCUCGCACGUUUACUUCUGGUCCGAUAAAGCAAUAUUUGUUACAGAAGACCACUGUUCGUUAAGGUACCCAUGCAGCGCACGUUAACUUGCGCAUCGACCACUAAUAUGCAUGUUACCACGUUAACCAGCGCGCAUCGAGGUUUCUGUCGUGCACUGCGCAAGGCAUUUAUCUCGGUGCAGAGCAACUCGGCGCUGUUGAUACUGCUUGUUUCUCUUCUGAUGUGCUACGGACGCAAUGUAAUGAUAAAUAGUGCUCUAUCCUUAAGCUCCAAAUGCAAUCCCCGUUGGCAGGUCAUUGUAAUGACGCGGCCGCAGUGCUGGUUCGUUGGUUGUUGUCUUUGCCUCGUGAUAAGAGAAGCAAGGCGUUAAUGUUGACGUUAGACAGACAACCUUCUCUGAAAUGACUCCCUAUAGUUAUAGCGUAGAGGUGGAAAACUCCCUUUUGCCGCGUCGCCCAGCGCAGGUCCGCGCAUCGUGCCUUGCCCUGCUCUUUUCCUGCCCACCUCAGAAACAAUACAUUUGAGUGUGUGUGAGUGUUUGUUGUUCGAACGUCAGCAGAGGUGCCACUAGGCCGCGUUCCCAGAAAUGUCCCUGACACACACGGGGCUACGCAAAAUGUCAUUUUAGUCAAGUGAGUUAGCAAAGCAUAACUUUUCGAACCACCAUUUACGAAACGUUGAAGCUGCAAUGCUCUUGAAUGCUGCUAAUGGACACUCUAUAUAUUACUGGUUACUAUCCUCCGCUGCCUAGUUACCUUUAGAACAUUGAUACUCUAAAGCGAACUCAUUUCUGUAAAGUGACAUUUAACAUAGCUCGUCUAAUUCGGGGAGGCGUAGGUUCCUUGCGAGAAUGUUUAUCUCUCACCGAACCUUUUUCGCCACGCACCCGUAGUACGGCGCUGGGGGAUGUUUCGUGCCUGCACGUUGAACAGCUGUGAACAAGGCCAGUGAGUGCCCUGCUGCAAUGAUAUUGUAUCCUCAAGAGGAACCGCUUUGGAACACUCUCUUGUUCAGCGUUACAUUCCGCAUCGGCCGUUGGUGCUGACACGAAACGUCUGAACGAGUACCAAGCGAACGCAUGCGCACAGGCAGACCGAAUGAUCCGCUGUAUAGGCUACAAUAGGCCAGAAUUAACGAACACAAAGCAGAGUCUUCGAGUUCACUGCGAACCAAAAAUAAUAAUAGAUAUCAACAAUAACAAUAAACGGACAAUUGAUCUCGGCAGUAGUGACCAACGAUUUGUGGUCUCGUGUCCAUAGUUGCGUUUUCGUCCACGAUUAGCCUUGUUUGAUGUACGACUCAGGUGUCGGGUCGCGUCGACUGUUCUGAAAGUGCCGCGGGUCACUUGUACGCUAUGGUACGAAGACUAGGCAGAUUAAAAAAGUGAGCGAGCGCCCGUCUAAAUAAAGAACCGAAAAAGAAUAAAGCAGUUACGAAUCGGCAAAAACAGACACGAAAGUUCGUUUAAGAAGCUGUUAUUCCCUGUAAGGGCAUGGCCCGCUGGAUCAUUAUUUUCGUUUAUCUUCGAUAGUUUUCACGAUCGAGACCGCUCCCAGUGGGCAAGGAUACAAAGUCCAAACUGAGAACGACGUGCAAUAGCACGGUCAAGAAAAUACUUCAAAAACGCAUCUGUUCCUUCCCUACCUCGAACCUCCUCUCAGCAUGUUUUUCUUAUCCUUUGCGAAGCCCGUUUCAUUUUCCCCGUUUUUAUUUACGAGCGAUACAGCAGAGAAAAAAGCUAACAAUUAAGACCGUUACCUCUCUGGAUAUAAGGACGGGAAAAAAAAAGCAACACUCACUUAAGCCUUUUAAGCUUGUACUUACUUUGUAAGAUGUUUUCAACUUCACAAUUUGUACCACAUUUCCUGUAAAUACAUCAUUGAAUAAAUUUUUAAUAAUUUAUCACAACAGAA